AUGAAUGAUGAAACUUUAGAGAAAAUAGAGUUAUCAAAGAAAGAAAUAAGAAGUGAUGCUGAGAAGGCACUUGAAGGCCAUGAAUAUUAUGAAUUAAAUGAGAUAGAACCUUUUAUUGAUAUCACAGUUAGAUCACUUAGUGAAAAUGGUGUUAAAAGUAGUUUAUUUAAAGAUUUAUAA